UGCUCUGCUCUGCUUUGCUUACUGAGCCAAACGACAUUUCUGAUGAGGGGUUGCGUGCACUGUGUUCUAAUUCUAUGUCCAAUUUUGGGGGGUUGAGCGAAAGAUUCUUCUCCCUUUCAGGGUUCUUGUACCAUAAUUCUUCCCUAUCUCUUCACAAUUAUAUCAAAGGCCUAAAACAAACACUACACUAGUCGGAGUUAGACUAUAUAGUGGAUAAAGACACAAAGUAAAUAUAUAUAUAUAUAGAGAGAGAGAAUUUGAUCAGGCUGGCAGUACUCUCUCUCAUCCUCAGCGUGCCAAAAAGCAAGAUCACGAUCCUGGAGCUAUAAUAGCUCCUUGCCUGACUUUUUUCUCUUAGGUUUUAUCUUUGUUUCUUGGUGGGGUUUCUUUGUUUUAUAUUUCUGUUUCUUUUUGCGGGUGUUUUAGCUUUUAUAUUUAAGAUAAGAAAUUCCCUUAUGUUCAUUUCUUGAGUUUUGUGGCUUUGGAGGAGAAAAGCUUGUUUUUUUAAUGAUUUUGGAGAUGUGGGCUUCCAUGAGUCUAAGAUUUGGUUAAGCAUUUCAAGCAAGAACUUCGUAUUUGAUUACUGAUCCCUAAGCUAAAACUUGGAAGAGAGACUGCUUUAAUUCAAAAAAUAAAAAAUAAAAAAAAAUGGAGGGUUAUUCAAGAAAAGUUAUGGGAUGUCCUCAGUUACUGGAUUUGAUUCCAAAAGAAGAGUGGCAAGUGAAAAGUGCAGAAGAAACAAGCCAUGGACUUUCAGAGGAGAAAAAGCUUGAGCUCCGACUUGGUCCACCCGGGGGAGAUUGGACCAUCAAACAAGUUAAUGGUCCCAAAAAUGAAUCUCCUCUCCCCUUUGGCUACUUUACUAACACCACUCCAUGGAAACACCAAACAAAGGGCACAGUUUAUCCCCUUAUGGGGAAGGAAUCAUGUAGAACAGUAGAGUUGCAGGAUGCAGAAAAGAAGGCAUUUUCACCUGCAAAUACAGCUGUGCCUAACAGCGGCAGUGCUCAGAAAAGAACCGCUCCUGCUCCCGUGGUGGGAUGGCCUCCUGUUCGUUCAUCUAGGAAGAAUCUUGCAAAUGGCAAUUCUUCUAAAUUAUCCUCUGAGUCACAGAGUGUGGUCCCCAACAAAGAUUUCAGCAAAAAACCUAUUGAAAGUUGCCCUAAAAGUAAGUUUGUGAAGAUAAACAUGGAUGGUGUUCCAAUUGGAAGGAAAGUGGAUCUUAAAGCGAACGAUAGCUAUGACAAGCUUUCCUCUGCUGUUGAUGAACUCUUCAGAGGCCUUCUUGCAGCUCAAAGUGAUUCUUCAACCAAUUGUAUCAAAAACGAGGAAGAGGGACAGAAAGCGAUAAGUGGUUUAUUGGAUGGAAGUGGGGAAUAUACCCUUGUUUAUGAAGAUAAUGAAGGGGACAAGAUGCUUGUUGGGGAUGUCCCUUGGGACAUGUUUGUAUCAACAGUGAAGAGGCUGCGAGUACUGAAAAGCUCUGAAAUCCCAAUGUUAUCCCAACAUUGGACGAUUGUUUUUAGCAGGUGGAAGUAAACCAGGAAAGCUCUCUCUUAACGGUUCAAUGAAAUGAGGCAGAAACAACACAUUACAGAAUCUAAUACAGAGGUUGCAUGGCAAUAUUUUGUGUUUAUUUAAAACUUAUGGAUAACAAUUAGUAUGUUUAAAAAGCCAAAAAGGGUCAUUGAGCAUUUGCUCUAUCUCCCAGUACUUGUUAUUUUCUUGAAUUUUGGCCUUUAGAAUGCUGUAGAAAGUAAAGAUGAAGCUGCAUAUUUUUCUUGUACAUGUUCUCUUCGAUGAAAACUUGAAAUUAAUAUGGUAUAUUCUAAGGCUUUUAUUUCUUA